CACUGCGUCGUCGUCGUCGUCGUGCGAAGCGAACUGCGACUUUGACUUCACUACUUCACUCUGAGAUAGCAAUAAACUGCGUUUGUUAUUUUGCUUAUCAAAAAUUUUUGCAUGUGACGGUCAAUCCACAAGAUUUUUCUAAUUUAUAGUUUUCAUUUUGAUAUGGUUGUGAGUUUUUAAUAGGACAUUUAUUAAUUAAAAUGCCCGCUAAACAAAGGAAAAUAGCGAUUAUGGGCUACAGAUCUGUUGGGAAGUCGUCCCUUAGUAUACAGUUUGUAGACGGACAGUUUGUUGACUCCUAUGACCCAACCAUUGAAAAUACCUUCAUCAAAACUACCAGAGUGAGAAGUCAAGAAUAUGAUUUGAAGCUUGUUGACACUGCAGGCCAAGAUGAGUAUUCUAUUUUCCCAGCACAAUACUCCAUGGACAUCCACGGCUAUGUUUUGGUUUACUCUAUCACCUCUACAAAGUCAUUUGAGGUUGUUCAAAUCAUUUAUGAGAAACUUCUAGACAUGACAGGAAAGAUUCAUGUUCCUAUUGUAUUGGUUGGGAACAAAACAGAUUUGCACAUGGAGAGAAUGAUCAGCAGUGAAGAAGGUAAACGAUUAGCAGAAUCAUGGAAAGCGGCUUUCAUUGAGGCUUCAGCUAAGCAAAAUGAGUCUGUUGCUGAUAUUUUCCACACCUUGCUUCUAGAGAUUGAGAAAGCUAAUGGGAACAUGCAAGAAAGUUCAAAAUGCUCCAUUUCUUGAAUUGGUGCCAAUAUCACAACUUUGUACCAUUCAUUUCGGAAAUGCCUCUGAGUUAGUGCAAAAAGCCUGUUUCGGAAUAAAUUCAAUCUAAAACUUCUGUGUAACAUUGGUGUUAAUUAUCAUAGGUUAAAAUUGUUGUACAGUCAUGUAAUUAUUGUUGAUUUGUGUUGAAAAUAUUGUACUCUUUUAAAUGUGAACAAUAUAUAGGCUAUUUUUGCUAGUUGUUGAAUUAGUCUUUAGAAUAGGUUAAGAUUUUUUAUGUACAUUGUGUGUAAUUUAAACACUUACAUAUUUGUAAAUAUAUUAACAGGAUGAUCUUGUGUAUAUUUGGGUGCAUUAUUAAUCAUUUAAUGUUAUGCUUUAAUCUAAAAAGGUAUAAACAUCGGGUUAUCGUAACUGUUUUCAAUAUUUUUAUUGUAUUUCUUAAUGAAGGCAUGUUUUGAAUUUCUUUUGUAUUAUAAUUCUAAAAUAAACUUAAUAGCACAGA